GUAACGCUGUAACAAACUAUCGAUACCUUCGCUUAUUUCAUAAUUAUAACUAGCCUAGUAUCUUAGAUACUGUCUUUGUAUUGUAGCACUUGCAGUCAAUACGAAUAAUACAUGUAGCUACACAUUUGGUUGCUUUCGAUAAUGAUAAUUGUGUUUACAAUGUAUCUAUUUUGAGCGAAGGAACACACGAAUUAUGGUUUUAGUCAGUAAUGUAUUGCGUGCGUGCGUGCAUGUGCAUGAUCACGUGUUUAAUGCGACCGCCUUCAAGACUGGUUCAAACUCGUAUCUAUCCACGGACGACAACCUUAUUGAAAUUCACCAGUCACUGCAGCAGUUUUGCUUUGACUGACAGAGCGAGACAGCAUUCCACUUGAAACCUCUUGUGGACAAAGCUAUUCUCGUGCUAUGGGUAGUUUCUGUCUCCUAAGAAGUCGGUGUCUCCCCCGCCAGGUCGGCCUACCAUUGGUCAUGCAUCGGCAAUACAGCCUCGAUAUUUCCGCUCAGCUUCUCCGAACGCAGGGCUAUGUGAACGGGCAAUGGAUCAAUGCUCCCUCUACCUUCCCAGUGCUGGACCCAGCGACGGGGGAAGAGAUUGCGAAAGUCGCCGACUGCGGCCCAGCAGAAGCUAAACUAGCUGUGGACGCAGCCUACAAGGCAUUCUACUCCUGGAAGCAACACACAGCGAAGGAAAGAAGUGUCCUUCUACGGAAAUGGUACGAUCUGUUGACGUUGAACAAGGAGGACCUUGCUAAGCUGAUCACCUUUGAGUGUGGUAAGCCCAUGAAGGAGUCCCUGGGGGAGAUUGCUUACGCUGCUGGCUUCUUGGAAUGGUUCUCUGAGGAGGCGCGCCGUGUCUACGGGGAUGUUGUGCCCUCGGCUGCCAAGGACCGUAAGAUCCUUCUGCUCAAACAACCUGUGGGUGUGGCCUCAAUCAUCACUCCGUGGAACUUCCCCAGUGCUAUGAUCACCAGGAAAGUGGGUGCUGCCCUGGCCGCGGGCUGCACCGUCGUGGUGAAACCUGCCGAGGACACACCCCUCUCUGCCCUGGCGCUCGCUGAGCUGGCAAGUCAGGCCGGGAUCCCUGCGGGGGUGUUUAACGUGGUUCCCUGCUCCAGAGAGAAGACUCCCUCUGUUGGGAUGGUCCUCUGCACAGACCCCCUGGUGGGGAAGGUCUCCUUCACUGGAUCCACUGCCACUGGAAAGAUUCUCUUGAAGCACGCUGCCGACACCAUCAAGAGGGUUUCAAUGGAGCUGGGUGGCCAUGCCCCCUUCAUUGUGUUUGACAGUGCGGAUGUGGACAAGGCUGUGGCGGGAGCCAUGAACUCCAAGUUCAGGAACUCAGGACAGACAUGUGUCUGCUCCAACCGUUUCCUGGUCCAGAGUAAGAUCCACGAUCGCUUCAUAGAGAAGUUGGGGAAGGCCAUGGACGCAGAGCUCCGUCUGGGCCACGGCUCUGACCCAAACACCACCCAGGGACCCCUCAUCAAUGUCCGUGCCUCUGAGAAGGUGGAGCACCAGGUGAUGGAUGCAGUGUCGCGGGGGGCCAAGGUGCUAAGGGGGGGGAAGCGUCUGGACGGCUCGUUCCAUCAGCCCACUCUAAUGGUUGAUGUCACUACAGACAUGCUGUGUACCAGAGAGGAAACCUUCGGUCCUCUCCUGCCUGUCAUCAGGUUUAGCACAGAGGAGGAAGCACUUGCCAUUGCCAAUGCAUCUCAUGUGGGUUUAGCAGGGUACUUCUUCUCCCAGGACGUCAGUCAGAUCUGGCGGGUGGCGGAGAAUCUGGAGGUAGGCAUGGUGGGGGUGAACGAGGGUCUCCUCUCCACCCCAGAGGCCUCCUUCGGCGGGGUCAAACAAUCAGGCCUGGGCCGUGAGGGCUCCAAGUAUGGCAUUGAGGAGUACCUGGACGUCAAGUACAUGUGCUUUGGAGGGCUAACCCCCUGAGGGAACACUACCCCCCCCCAAACUCCGGGACUUCCCCAAGUAGGAAGCGAUGAUUUUGGGAAAAGGGAGGACUCUUAUGCUCUAGUAACAGUUACUUACUCAUAUUUAACAUAAAAAACAACAACAAUAAUGGAUGACAAUCGUCAAAUAUGAUUCCUUCACAAAUUAUUGUGAGUCUGAUCCGCAUCCUCAUUGAGAGCCUUCAUCACUCUGCCGAGAAAUCCAUGUUGCAUGGUUUCCUCUCCUUAUCCUCUCUGACAACUGGUCUAUAAGAACUGGUGAAGGGAAAGCAAUAUGGUGACAACCCAAACCAGUUAUCCAUGUUAGUUAAAAUGAGAGUUAAAGACCUAGUGCAGUCUAAAACAUGAAUUUUCUGUUUUUUAUAUAUAUAUAUUUCCACACUGAGGUUGAAUCAAUUUUGUGAAAAGGGUGAUCAUGCCCUUUUAGUUUAACAGCUGUUUGGAAAGACCGCCUGAAGUUUUUGCCUGCCUGGUGACAUCACCAGAUGGUAAAUUGGUUAAUAGACCAAUAAGAAAGAGUUCCAAACCUCUCUGCCAAUAACCACUCAUUUUCAGUUUCCCCCUCCUCACUCAGGCCACUCCCAGCCAAUCUUAGCAAAAUUCUUGUUUGAGAAAUUGCUCUUUGCUAAGAAGCUAUUUUUGUUCGUUUUGUUUUCAAUUAAAAUGUUCAAAAUCACAGUAAGGUACUUGUUACCCAGAUAUUAUUUGAUGUUGAGAUAAAAAUGGCUGCAUUGGAACUUUUUAAGGGUAGCCCCUUAAAAAGGAGGAUAGGAAGCCACAAUAGUAUUUGGACACAACCCCAUAGACGUCUCCAACCUGUGGGAUCCCAUAACGAUUUGGACCUUUAGGGCUGAAUCAUAUGUUGAGAUACAAAUGAACAAAUGUGUGUUCUCAAUGUAGGAUUGGGCCCUUAAUGAGAAGCACUAUAUAACUUGAAGCCUAGCAUAGAGUUGGGUAGAUUUAAUAAGCACAUCAUUUGCAAAUACUGAGAUUAUUAAUAUGCACAAGAGACUUAAUCUGUUUUUAAUAGGAAGAUUAUUUAUAAUUUGGCUAUUUUCUAGAAAAGGGAGCUUGGCUGUAUCCAGAUGCCAGUUGUAUUACAUAUGUCACUUGAUAAUAGUGUGGUGAAAUUGUGAAUGACACUAUUUUGGUAACCGUUGAGGAAUAGCUUUUUUGGGCUAAGCAGUUAGAAUGAAAUGUACUGUGUAACAUCCUCUGUAAAUAGUUAACUGUCCUAACUACUAAACCUAUUGUAGACCAUGCCACUACAUUAGUACAGGUUAUGUUGUCGUUGGUAACUAUUAUUCCCACAUACAAUAUAUUAUCCAGUAGAGCUGCCUUUGAUAUUCAGACAGUUUGUACCACCUAUGUGCUGUAUCUGAACCUGCAAUGUAAAUGUUGUAGUGUUCUCUGAAACUGAAGUAAUGUUUCUUGCCAAACUUUGUCAAACAAGUGCCGUUUGAAUAAUUUUACCAAUUCUGUUUUCUGGUUGUGACACUCAUUGUAAAUAUUAAUGGAGUACUUCAGAAAAUGUAAAAUAAAUGACUGUGUUACUUUGUUUGUCAAA